AUGGCUCCCCCCGCGAACGGCGCAACGGCGCACAUGGCGACGACGACACUCAAGGUCGAGGGAAUGACAUGCGGCGCAUGCACUUCGGCUAUCGAGUCAGGCUUCCAGGGUGUAGACGGCGUAGGGAACGUCUCCAUAAGCCUGGUCAUGGAGCGAGCGGUCAUACAGCACGACCCAGAGACGAUAUCAGCGGAGCAGAUCAAGGAGAUUAUCGAGGACAGGGGUUUCGAUGCCGACGUACUUUCAACGGACCUACCAAGCACACAGACCACGGAAGACCACUUCCUGAGCGACUCGGAUGACGAGGAUGAGGUUCUUACCACCAACAUCGCGACAACCACGCUCUCUGUAGGCGGCAUGACAUGCGGGGCAUGUACUUCUGCGGUAGAGGGCGCAUUCAAGGACGUGGCAGGAAUAAAGUCGUUCAGUAUAUCUUUGUUGUCGGAACGGGCCGUGAUUGAGCACGACACCACAUUAAUCACACCGGAGACGUUGGCCGAGACAAUCGAAGACACCGGCUUUGAUGCCGAAGUACUGGAUACCGUAGCCGCCACAGUAGCGCCCAAGAAGAGUAGGGGCGGUAAGAGGCAAAAGACGCUCACUACUACCGUAGCUGUGGAGGGCAUGACCUGUGGCGCUUGCACCUCGGCGAUCGAGGGCGGCUUCAAGGACGUUGAGGGCGUGUAUCAGUUCAACAUCAGCUUGCUGGCGAACCGCGCUGUACUUGUUCACGACCCUGCAAAGCUCACCGAGGACCAGAUCGUGGAGAUCAUAGAAGAUCGAGGUUUCGACGCCAAGGUGUUGUCUUCUGUAGACGGCAGCAUACAGCAAGCCUCUACCACCAGCGGACCCGUUCACCUCAAGAUCUUCGGACUUCCAAAUGCCAAUGCGGCAGACGAUCUGGCAGCGCUACUUCAAAAGCAUCCCGGCAUUUCCUCUGCGUCAGUCAGUUUCAGCACCUCGAGAGCAACUAUCCAGCGAAACCCUCAGAUCAUUGGCCUCCGGGCAACCGUCGAAGCAAUAGAGGGCGCGGGAUACAAUGCGCUUGUCGCCGAUCUCGACGACAACAACGCUCAACUUGAAUCACUUGCAAAGACCAAAGAAAUUAAAGAAUGGAGACGCGCUGUCAUUUUUUCGGCUUGGUUCGGUGUUCCCGUCUUUCUCACUAGCAUGAUCAUUCCCAUGUUCCUGCCAUUCCUCAACUAUGGUGGAAUUCGCCUUAUUCCUGGUCUCUACUUGGGCGACGUCAUUUGCCUCGUCUUGACCAUCCCUGUCCAAUUUGGAAUCGGUAAAAGAUUCUACAUUUCUGCGUACAAGUCUCUCAGUCAUGGCUCUCCGACCAUGGACGUUCUGGUCGUUCUUGGAACCUCCGCGGCCUUCUUUUUCAGUGUGGCGUCGAUGUUGGUAUCGCUGUUCAGUUCGCAGCAUACCAAGCCCACGACUCUGUUCGAUACCAGUACUAUGCUCUUCACCUUCAUAAGCUUGGGACGAUACCUUGAGAAUUCAGCCAAGGGACAAACCUCAAAGGCGCUCUCCAGGCUGAUGUCACUGGCUCCAUCCAUGGCCACCAUCUACGCCGACCCCAUUGCUGCGGCCAAGGCUGCGGAAGGAUGGGACCUCGACGAAAAGACUGACCGCAACUCGGUCGAUGGCAACGCUGCCGAAGAGCGGGUCAUUGCUACUGAACUCAUCGAAGUUGGUGACGUCGUUAUCCUUCGCCCCGGUGACAAGAUUCCUGCCGAUGGCACUGUAACCCGCGGCGAGUCUUAUCUCGACGAGAGUAUGGUCACCGGUGAAGCCAUGCCGAUUCUCAAGAAGAAGGGAGCACUCCUUAUGGCUGGUACUGUCAAUGGAGCUGGCCGUCUAGAGUUCGUUGUAACUCGAGCGGGUCGUGAUACUCAGCUCAGUCAGAUUGUUCGUCUGGUUCAGGAAGCGCAAACUAGCCGUGCACCCAUCCAACGCCUGGCAGAUACUGUCGCCGGCUACUUCAUCCCAGUCAUCAUAACUCUCGGCCUCGCAACCUUUGUCGCCUGGAUGGUCCUCAGUCAUGUCCUGCCAUACCCCCCGAAGGUCUUCAUGGACCACGCGAGUGGUGGUAAACUCAUGGUUUGUAUGAAGCUAUGCAUUGCCGUUAUUGUGUUCGCCUGUCCUUGCGCUUUGGGUCUUGCGACUCCCACUGCCGUCAUGGUCGGUACUGGUGUUGGUGCCGAACAAGGCAUCCUUGUCAAAGGUGGUGCUGCCCUUGAGACUGCUACCAAGGUCAACCACGUUGUAUUCGACAAGACCGGGACUCUCACCGUCGGCAAAAUGAGUGUGAGCAAGGCCGAUGUUCUAGGCGAGUGGGCAAGCCCAGACAAGAAGAAUCUCUGGUGGACUCUGAUCGGUCUCGCUGAGAUGGGCUCCGAACAUCCCAUCGCAAAGGCCAUUGUCGGUUCAGCGAAAGAGCAUCUACGUCUCGGACCUGAUGGCAUACUGGACGGCUCAGUCGGUGACUUUGAGGCUGUAAUUGGCAAAGGUGUUACAGCCAAUGUUGAAGCUGCUCUUUCUCAGGAACGUACACGCUACAAAGUUCUCAUUGGUAAUGUCGCCUUUCUUACCGCCGAAGGCGUCAAUGUCCCCGACUUCAUCGAAGAGCCCCUUACGCCAGCUGGAAAUGCCAAUCCACGAGGAGGCCAUGCUCGCUCCGCAGGUGUUACAACUAUACACACAGCUAUCGGCAAGACCUACACUGGUACUCUCAGCUUGUCCGACACUAUCAAGCCUUCUGCCCGCGCCGCCGUCCUUGCUCUCCGUCGUAUAGGCAUAACAUCCUCCAUCGUCACUGGCGACACCUCUGCCUCGGCUCUCGUCGUCGCAGCCGCCGUUGGCAUCGACGCCGCCGACGUCCACGCCUCCGCCACACCCUCGGACAAGAAAGCCAUCGUCACAGACCUCCAAUCUCGCGGCCAAGUCGUCGGCAUGGUCGGCGACGGAAUCAACGACUCACCUGCCCUCGCAUCCGCCGACGUGGGCAUCGCUCUAUCCACCGGCACCGACGUCGCCAUGGAAGCCGCAUCCAUCGUCCUCAUGUCCAACACCGACCUCCUCGCCAUCCCAGCCAGCUUGUUACUCAGCAAAGCAAUCUUCUUCCGCAUCAAGCUCAACCUCGUCUGGGCAUGCGGAUAUAACUUCAUCGGCCUGCCCUUCGCCAUGGGCUUUUUCUUGCCCUGGGGUCUAUCGCUACAUCCCAUGGCUGCCGGCGCAGCGAUGGCGUGUUCAUCCGUGAGUGUCGUGAUGUCAUCUCUGCACCUCAAAUUCUGGCAGCGACCGGCUUGGAUGAAGGUCAGCACUUUGGACCCCGGUGCGGACAUAUCCAAACGCGAUCUGGAAAAGGAGAAUGUGGUGAAGGUGGGCGUGCUGGGCACUGCGGUCGAGUGGGUCAGAGAUGCGUGGGAGGCGCGCAAGAGGAACAAGGAAGAGGCCGGGUAUGCCCCUGUGCCGCUGAGGGAUAUGGGCGAGAACUGA